CAAUCAGAAGUUAGCUACAUUGUUAAUUGUAAUCUUGGUACAACUCUGAACUCUAAUAAUAUUAAAUAUUAAUAUAUGUCUAAGUUGAGAAAAGGUUAUGAACAUUGGUUGAUAGAGAUUAUUAAUGAUAUUUUAAAUGAUAAAAAUAAUUCAUAAAAUAUGUCGAAGGUAACAAAAAGGAAACAUGUCAUGAACGAAGCCCUGUGGGAUGAUUAUGAAUUACCUAAAGAAAAUCAAAGUGUUGUUCGAGUUUUAAGAAGCCGGGGAAAUAAUUUGCACGAGGUAACUACACCUAAUGGUGAAGAAUAUCUGGUUUCAAUGCCAACUAAAUUUCGAAAAAAUAUAUGGGUCAAAAGAGGGGAUUAUGUUCUAGUUGAACCAAUUGUUGAAGGUGAUAAAGUGAAAGCUGAAAUAAUCAAGAUUAUGAACAAAGACUCAAUGAAGUAUUAUAAAGAGAAUAACAUAUGGCCUAAAGAGUUUGAUUGUGAUAAGAAACAGACAGUAAGCAAUGAUAAUGACUUGUUUGUAAAUACCAAUAGACAUCCAAUCCAAAAUUAUAGUGAAAGUGAUUCAAGUGAAUUAAGCGAAUAGUGACAUUAAUGCCUAAAGAUUGUGCUGUAUCUGACAACUUAUUGCAUCAAGCAAUUUUUUUCUACACAAUGUUAUAGAGGUUGAGAUAAAUGGAUUAAUUAAAGAGUUGAGAGAUAUUUGUAUAGAAUUAUAAUAAUGUAAUCAAUUUUUAAUAUAAACGAAAACAAAAUCUG